AUGAAGUUCUCCGCUCUCGCCCUCGCUGCCCUCUCGCAGGUCGCCUCUGCCCACUACUUCUUCGACGUCACCGCUCUCAACGGUGCCGAGUCCAAGUCCUUCCAGUACAUCCGUGACUUCACCCGUCCCACCAAGUACAACCCCAUCAAGUUCUCCUCCAACCCUUCCGCCGACAUCCGCGACAACUCCUUCGCUGAUGGUGAGGACAUCAUCUGCAACCAGGGUGCCACCGGAACCGGUGGUCAGACUGAGGUCCUCGAGGUCAAGGGCGGCGAUGUCAUGACCUUCAAGCUCGCUGUCGGUGCCAAGAUGGGUCACCCCGGACCUACUCUGGCCUACAUGUCCAACGCUGGUGGUGACGUCAAGUCCUACAAGGGUGACGGUGACUGGUUCAAGAUCAUGGAGGAGGGUGUCUGCAACACCGGUGGUGACUUCACCAAGGACGCCUGGUGCAACUACGACGCCCCCUCUUUCGACGUCAAGAUUCCCCAGGGUACCCCCAACGGCGAGUACCUCCUCCGAGUUGAGCACAUCGGUAUCCACAAAUCUCACGUCCACCAGCCCGAGCACUACGUCUCUUGCGCUCAGGUCAAGGUUACCGGUGGCUCCGACGGCACUGUCGACGCCGAGAUGGUCAAGUUCCCCGGUGCCUACAAGGACACCGAUGGGUACGCCAACUUCUCCAUCUACGGCGGUGUCAAGCCCUUCCCCAUGCCCGGCCCCAAGGUCUGGGACGGUUCCGCUUCCGCUGGUGGCUCUACUGGUGGCAACACUGGCAACACCGGUGGUAGCACCGAGACCCCUGCCGCUGGCAACACUGAGGCUCCCGCUUCCACCCCCGCUCCCGAGGCCGGUAACGGUCAGCAGAACGGUGGUGAGCAGGCCCAGCCUCAGACUGGCAACAACGGCCAAAACAACGGCCAGAACGGUGGCUUCAACCAGCAGUUCCAGGGACAGGCUGGUUCCAGCAGCUCUCCUUGCCACGCUUAA